UUUCCCUUUGAUUCUUUCCCACCGGUAAAGAAUCCACGUACCCUCCUUUGCCAAAAACAAGAAAAACAAAUUCCUAUUUCUCAGUAAAGCAACCCCCCCACUCCCAAACCCAACAUUCUCAUUCACUCUUCACAUUCUUCUCCCACUCUCCUCAUACAUUUUCCUUGUCAAAUUUUUAAGGGGUGGUCUUGAAUUUGAAGCAUAUCUUAAUUAGUACUUGAAUUUUCCUGAAGGAAAAAAAAGGAAAAAAAGAGAGGAAAAAGUAUAUAUUUUUAGAAGAAUUAAUCGGAAGCUCUUGCCUUUUGAGCUUCUUGAUCAUCAUGUUCUUGAUCUUCACCUUUUUUUCAUAGUUUUUUUUGGGUGUGUGUGUUUGCGUAGCUAGAGGUGUUUGAUAAUUAGAGCAAUAGCAUGUUCUGCUGCAUUUUGCACAGAUAUUAAUGCCCUGUUUGAUAUAUUGAAGAAAAGGGGGUCCUAACAUUCAAAAAAUGUCAGCUGUUGAUGUGGCUUUUAGUCCUAUUCAGGCUAAUAGACAUAUCAACAAUGGCCCAUUGGACCAUUGCAGUAAUGAAUCAAUUGUAAUAUACAUUACUAUCGCGGGUUCAGUGACUCCAAUGCGUGUAUUGGAAUCCGAUUCAAUCGCGUCAGUGAAGCUUAGGAUCCAAACAAAUAAAGGGUUUGUAAUGAAGAGACAGAAGCUAGUAUUUGGAGGAAGACAGUUGUCAAGAAAUGAUUCUCUUGUUAAAGACUAUGGUGUCACUGAUGGGAAUGUUUUGCAUUUGGUUCUUAAGCUAUCUGAUUUGCUUGUUAUCAAUGUUAGGACCACUAGUGGGAAGGAAUUUGAAUUUCAUGUUGGUAGGCAUCAGAAUGUUGGGUACUUAAAGCUUAGUAUUUUGAAAAGAGGGAAAGAUUUUGUUGGCGAGGAGCUUGAGGUUCAGGAGUUUUUCUGUGAUGGAGAAAAGCUUGAGGAUCAGAGGCUCAUUCAUGAUAUUACUAGUACUACUGAUGCUGUGAUUCAUUUGGUGGUUCAGAAAAAAACUGCUAAAGUUCGGGCUAAGCAUCUCGAGAGGGAUGUUGAACUCUCCGUCGUUGCUGCUAAUUGGAAUGAAGGACGUGGAGGUGGAGGAGGGGGUGUUGUACAUUGUGAUGGAAAUAGAAAUAGUGCAUCAUCACCUGAUAAAAGUAAUUCUUUUGUCGAACCAAUCAUUCUCAAUCCGAAUAAUAUUGAACUGCCUUCAUCCAUUAGGGAUAUGAUUACCUGUGCAUUUAAUGGUUUGGCAAAUGGAAAAACUCCCAUUAGAUCGUCCGAAGGUUCAGGAGGGACUUACUUCAUGCAAGAUGUCUCGGGCGACAAGUAUGUUGCUGUAUUUAAGCCUAUAGAUGAGGAACCAUUAGCUGUGAAUAAUCCUCAAGGAUUACCAUUAUCAUCCAAUGGUGAAGGAUUAAAGAGGGGAACUAAAGUGGGAGAAGGUGCACUCAGAGAGGUUGCAGCCUUCUUACUGGAUCAUCCAAAGGCCCCGGGGAGGAGUCGCUCGUUGUACAAAGGGGAGAUCGGCUUUUCAGGUGUGGCCCCCACAGUUAUGGUUCAGUGCUUGCACGAAGGGUUUCACCAUCCGGAUGGAUUUGAGUGGUUGGCUAAGUACAUUAAGGUUGGCUCACUGCAGUUAUUUAUGAAGAAUGAAGGGAAUUGUGAGGAUAUUGGUCCUAGGGAUUUUCCUGUGGAAGAGGUCCAUAAGAUCACUGUCUUCGACAUAAGAACCGCUAAUGCAGAUAGACAUGCUGGGAACAUACUAAUCAGCAGGCAUGGAGAAGAAGGGCGAAUCGUGCUUACUCCAAUAGACCACGGCUACUGCUUGCCUGAACAUUUUGAAGAUUGCACAUUGGAUUGGCUUUAUUGGCCACAAGCCCGGGUUCCUUACUCAUUGGAAACUAUUGAUUACAUAAAAUCAUUGGAUGCUGAAGAAGACAUUGCACUUCUUAAGUUAUGUGGAUGGGAUUUGUCUGUUGAAUGUGCUCGUACUCUUCGUAUCUCGACCAUGCUUCUGAAGAAAGGAGUAGAGAGAGUACUUACUCCUUUUACCAUAGGAAGCAUUAUGUGCAGAGAAACAUUGAACAAGGAAUCUGUUAUUGAGGAGAUUGUUAAUGAAGCUCAAGAUUCCAUACUUCCUGGCACGAGUGAAGCUGCAUUUCUUGAAAGAGUCUCCAAACUUAUCGAUAUCAGGCUUGAGAAGAUAGAGAAUUAACUCUUCUCUAGAAUUGUAAGUAUGUAUUUGUUGUAUAUAUACAGUGACCAGUCCAUAAUAUGUAGAUGGAACUGAAGGCAGUACCAAAAGGUGGAUGACUGACUAUGUCGUCUAUCGGCAAGAAAACUUGUUUCCUUAAACUUCUGCUCGUUAUCAGUUUGAUGGUUUCUCUAAUAUGGGAGAGAAGUUAUAAUAACUAGUUAAAUAAAUGGAGUUACUUGAUUUAAA